AUGUCGAAACGAAGAGCAGACGAUCAAGAAAAUGGUGGCGUGUCAUUGAAGAGCGGGGAGAGGCCAGAAAAGUCUGGAUUGGAGGACGAGGUGGGGGAGUUUGAGGAUGAAUUCGAGGACGAAUAUGAGAGCGAGGAUGAGAUAUUGGAGGCUGGAGUAGAUGGCAGACCCGAUGCAGAGAGAGAGGCGGAAGAGAAAGCUGCCAUGGAUGUAGACCAGCAGACAUUCAUAGUUGGUAGGAACAAACUGGAACCGGGUCAAACACUCUCACCAGAUCUAUCCACAUACGAGAUGCUCCAUGCACUGAGCACCCCAUGGCCUUGUCUGUCUUUUGAUAUUGUCAAGGAUAGCUUGGGUGACAACCGGAAAACCUACCCCGCCACGAUGUAUGCUGUUGCUGGAACCCAAGCAGAGAGCAGACGAGAGAAGGAGAACCAGUUGAUGGUCAUGAAGUUUAGUGGGCUCAGUAGAAUGGACCGAGAGCAUGACGAGGAGGAUUCUUCAGAUGAUGAGGAUGAAGACGCAGAUCCAAUUCUCGAGUCUGCAUCGAUACCAUUCACAUCAGCUACGAACCGGAUACGUGCCCACCAAAUUCCUGCAUCAGACUCUUCUCGACCUCCUACAACUCUCACAGCUUCAAUGACAGAAGCAGGCCAGGUUCUGAUCCACGAUGUCACUCCUCAUCUCGCAUCUUUCGAUACUCCCGGCACAAUAAUCACCCCUCAACAAAACAAACCAUUAUCUACGCUUCGAAUGCAUAAAUCAGAAGGCUAUGCUGUCGACUGGUCACCUCUCGUGUCGACUGGCAAACUCCUAACCGGAGAUAAUGAUGGGAAGAUAUUCGUCACCACAAGAACAGCUGGAGAAGGAUGGGUUACGGACUCGCGUCCGUUUACUGGCCACGAAGGCAGUGUCGAAGAACUUCAAUGGAGUCCCUCGGAACGGAAUGUCUUUGCCUCAGCGUCUAGCGAUGGUACUAUCAAGGUCUGGGAUGUGCGGAGCAAAAGCAGAACCGCGGCUCUCAGCGUCCAAGUCAGCAAUACGGAUGUGAACGUGAUGUCUUGGUCUCACCAAACCACGCACUUGCUUGCCUCAGGGGCUGACGAUGGUGUUUGGGCGGUCUGGGAUCUGCGUCAGUGGAAACCUAACACCGCCUCAUCUACACCAGCAAAACCAACGCCAGUUGCCAGUUUCAACUUCCAUAAGGAGCAGAUUACUAGCGUGGAAUGGCAUCCGACAGACGACAGUAUCGUGGCAGUUGCUGCUGGUGACGAUACCCUGACUUUAUGGGACUUGGCAGUGGAACUUGAUGACGAGGAGAGUAAGGAUACUGGUGGUGUGACAGAGGUUCCUCCUCAACUUCUGUUCGUCCAUUACAUGGAGAAGGUGAAGGAACUGCAUUUCCAUCCUCAGAUACCUGGUUGUUUAGUUGGUACCGGCGAGGCUUUUAACGUCUUUAAGACCAUCAGCGUCUGAAAUAAUGAAAAAGUAUACCCCCAGCAUUUUCUCGUCCAUAAAGUAGCAGUCUGAAUGUAUCAGUAAUCAGGGACAAGGAAAGUGUCUUAUAAAGCACAUAUUCUAGGUAUGAUCGAGUGCCACAAGCUUCGAGAAUAAUACAUGAGCUGAAGGAAGUGUGUCGCUGGCCAAUUGCUGGUGGUGGAAGCUCUCCUUUCUUGUCAUGGGGGCCAAAAAGCACAUUUUCAAGAUGUCUUUCACAUCAUUGGACUCCGUCUCAGGUCCGGCCAAGUAGAUGGUCGUCGAAAUGUAUCAUUGGGCAGGUGAAAUGUCUCAUGCGUCAGACCAUUCGUGGAAAGAGGACAUGUGGGAAAAGAGACAAGUCAUUGCUCCAAGUCAUCGAUUUCUCCACAGACAGGCCAGUUCGGAAGUCGCCGGAGUUUUCCAAAACGCCCAUCUCGAUCCUUCAACCUGACUGCUGGGACCGGCCACCGGCCAAAAUGCCUCACAUCAGCAGCA